AUGCCUCGAGGUCAGAAAAGUAAGCUCCAUGCCCGUAAAAAACGCAGCCAGGCCCGAGGUCAUGCUCAGGAUGGGAAGGAUGCUAAGAAAACAGCAAUAGUGGGAAAAGAGUCUACUCAAGCCUCUAAGAAUGUGCCUGCAGCUAAGUCCCGUAGCACUACAAAAGGGCCACAGAAAAAAUCAUCUUCUACAGCCCCUGUUGUGCCACCUCAUGCAGUAUCACCUACUAUCUCUAUUGGUACUGGCUCUGUGGCACAAAUUUCGAUCCCCAGUGAUGAUGCCAUUUCUACAACACCAUCCAUUGGCUCUACUGAUGCAGAUUUAACACUGUCUCCAGCUUCUACUACUGAGGCAAUUUUGGGAAUAUCAUCUACUGCCAAUUCUGAUAUAGAUGUUUCUGUUGCACAAGGUCUUAGCACUCCUUCUAAGGGUGAUUUCAAAGCACCAUCUACUGCCUCUACUCCUGGGGCUUCUUCUUCAGUACCCAGCUUGCCUGAAGAUGAUGUUUCUGUAGCACUGUCUACUGCUGCUCUUGCUGUGGGUAUGUCUGGCACCAGGCCAUUUAAAAGUGUCAAAUUUCAACGAAAGUUAAAGAAAGGUCCUGCUCAGAAAGAGGUUCCCAGUGAGUAUUCACACCUUGAUCUUAUGUCCAGAGAGGUUCGGUUCCUAGAGCAGUUCAUACUCUACAGAUUUAAUCUGAAGCGCCUUACUAGCAAGGAUGACAUGAUAAGGAUUACCAGCCAGAAAUAUAAAAAGGACUUUGAGGAGAUUUUCAGGAAAGCUUGUGAGCACCUCUCUGCUGUCUUUGCAGUUGAAGUAAGAGAAGUGAGCCCUGAAACAUACAAUCUUGUGACCAAACUGAAACUCCCCAACAAUGGAAGAGUUCGUUCUGGCAGAGGCUACCCCAAGACAGGUUUUGUGAUGAAUGUCCUGGCUAUGAUAUUCUUGAAGGGCAACCGUGCCGCUGAGGAAGACAUCUGGAAAUUUCUGAAGUUGAUGCGUGUAUAUCCUGGGAAGAAACACUACAUAUUUGGAGAGCCCAAGAAGCUCAUCACUCAAGAUUUGGUGAGGCUGAAGUAUCUGGAGUACCGGCGGAUGCCCAACACUGAUCCUCCACGCUAUGAGUUCCUGUGGGGUCCUCAAGCCUAUGCUGAAACCAGCAAAAUGGAAGUGCUGCAGUUUUUGGCUACCGUCAACGAAACCUCACCUAAUUUCUUUGCCUCCCUUUAUGAGGAGGCUUUGGAAGAGCAAAGGGAGCGAGCCCUGAAUCUACAGGGAAUUGAGCCUAGCAUCCCUGGCAUAACUCCUUUAUUUCCUAUGGCUGCUCAGGCUGUUCAUCCAGUUGAAUGUAAAUCUUUAAAGUCAUGCAGGGGAAAAAAGUAA